ACGAUUGAUCCAGCGAAAUUUCGCGUCGAAGUUAAGGUUCCGAGGCAGGUUCUUGCCUCACAUUUGAGAUCAGUAAGGGAAUUAUGUCAGGUGGAUGUUGAAGCUCUGCUGAACGACUGGAUGCAUUAGGGGUACCGUGGGCACGAACCUGGCACCUGGCAGGAAUUGGUAGCGGCGCUGCGGGAGGGAAGCUGCAGUACGAGCGAGCUGAGAGCAGGAUUGGGUGGAGAGUCAAAGCUGGUCGUCGGAGGCUCUAGGCCGUCACUGUCGGGCAGGAUGGUGGCACCGCGGGCGUGCUUGACUAAAGUGUUGUCCUAUUUCCCCUUCCUGUUGGUGCUUCUUGAUCUCCAGUGUGAAGGAAUAGAAGGUGGUAUAAAUGCUGAAGUUGAAAAACACCUUGAAAUGGGGAAGAAACUUCUAGCUGCAGGGCAGUUAGCGGAUGCAUUGUCACACUUCCAUGCUGCUGUAGAUGGAGAUCCUGAUAACUAUAUUGCUUAUUAUAGACGUGCUACAGUCUAUCUCGCUAUGGGCAAAUCAAAAUCUGCUCUCCCAGACCUAAGUAAAGUCAUUCAGCUGAAACCAGAUUUCACAUCUGCGAGAUUACAGAGAGGAAACUUGCUACUAAAACAAGGGAAGUUGGGUGAAGCAGAGGAAGACUUUAAGAAAGUGGUACAGUCUAACCCCAGUGAGAAAGAGGAAAAUGAAGCCAAGACCCAGUUAACUAAAGCAGAUGAAAUACAAAGGAUAAUUGUGCAAGCACGAGCUGCUUUUGAAAACCAGGAUUACACAACUGCUAUUGAUUUACUAAAUAUUAUUCUGGAGACUUGUGUUUGGGAUUCCGACUUAAGGGAACUCCGGGCAGAGUGCUACAUACAGAUUGAUGAAAGUGGAAAAGCAAUAAGUGAUUUGAAAGCUACAUCAAAACUUAAAAAUGACAACACUGAAGCUUUUUAUAAAAUUAGUAUUAUCUAUUAUAAGCUUGGAGAUCAUGAAAUGUCUCUUGGUGAAAUUCGGGAAUGCCUUAAAUUGGACCCGGAUCACAAACACUGUUUUGCCCAUUAUAAGCAAGUGAAAAAGCUUAACAAGCAGUUAGCAACAGGAGAAGAUCUUAUAAGACAAGAAAAAUACUCUGAUGCUAUUAAUAAAUAUGAGUCUGCGAUGAAAACAGAGCCAAAUGUUUUUCAAUACACUUUGUAUGCAAAGGAGCGUAUUUGCCAUUGUUUAUCAAAGAACCAACAAGCAAAAGAAGCCAUCAGAACUUGUACGCAAGUAUUGGAACAAGAUGCAAGCAAUGUCAAUGCAUUGAAAGACAGGGCAGAAGCUUAUAUUUUAGAGGAACAGUAUGAAGAAGCAAUCAAAGAUUAUGAAAUUGCUAGAGACCACAGUGAGCAUGAUCAAGCAGUAAAAGAAGGACUAGAAAAGGCACAGAAACUUCUAAAACAAUCACAAAAGAAAGACUACUAUAAAAUACUAGGAGUAAAAAGAAGUGCAAAAAAACGGGAGAUAAUAAAAGCAUACAGGAAGCUAGCAAUGCAGUGGCAUCCUGAUAACUUCCAAGAAGAAAAUGAGAAAAAACAAGCAGAAAAGAAAUUUAUAGACAUAGCAGCUGCUAAAGAAGUACUCACAGAUCCAGAGAUGAGGAAGAAGUUUGAUUCGGGGGAGGAUCCUCUGGAUCCAGAAAAUCAACAGGGUGGAGGUGGUCAUCACUUUCAUAGAUCAUGGAAUCAAUGGCAAGGAUUCAAUCCUUUUGGCUCAGGAGGACCUUUUAAUUUCAAAUUUCAUUUUAACUAAGUCUUGAAUAUUGGCUGCUCACUUCGAGAAAAAAGACUUUAAGAAAAAAGAAUGUUGAACAUGAUGCCAGAAACUCUUCAAGUUUAAACAGUGUAAUCUUUUUGUUCAGCCAAAAGUGUCCAGCAUAUAGUAUUUUACAGAUACUUGCACUCUUUAAAAGUUUUGAAAUAUUUUCCUGAAAAAUAAUGAAAAGCGAAGUACACAUUUAAUAAAGUGAAUUGCCUUACAAAUCUGAUCUAAUUGAAAACAAUUUAUUCUCUCAUGAGUUUUUAUGUAUAGGUGGUGUGAAAAUUUUGGUUUCUUAUGCAUCAUAACAAUUGGACUAAGGACUAUUUUUGAUUGAAUGAAGGUGGAUAUUAACGUACAUUGUUAUCUGUUUGACCUCAAUACUUUGCAUACUGAGGAAAUUCUUGAAAAUCACAGAAAUAAAACUUGCACUUUUUAAAUCAGAAUAGUAUGCAUUCUAUUUAAAGAUCUAAAAUUCUUCCUUUGUACAUACAUUUAAGAUGUUUCAUUCAUUAUUUGACCUAAUGGAUCCACUGAAAUGUGGAUAUUGUAAUGUUUUUACUCUUAGCCAAAAAAAGGAUCAUUCACCAUGUAGUCAACCUUGUUUGGUAGGAGCUUCAUAACAAUUUUGGUAGAUACCUGGGGAUUUUGGGGAAUUUUAAUAUUUCAAGCGUUGCUUGUGUCAUAUACAUCCCAACUAAAAUGUACUUGCUACAGAUAAUGCCAUCAUCUAUAGAUGGCUCAAAAUAGAGCAAAGAUUUUCAAAAUUGAACUUAUCUACAAUUUAUUAGUUUGUAAUGCUAGAAUGGUUGGGAAAUUAUUUGCAUGCCUUAAUUAUGACUUCGAUUCUUUACACAAAUUCUCAAUUCCAUACUGUGCAUCAGGGGUUUGCAACCUGGGGUAUGGACCCCUUACUUAAUAAUAUUGCUCAAUGGCAUAAAGUUGGGUCCCCCUGCUGUUAGUUGAUGGAAUUAUGAUUUCUCUUUAAACUAGUCACCUUCAGUUUCAACAUUUGGAGAAGUGCAGCACUUUAUUUUAAUGAUCUAAUAUAUUAUUUUUAAAUUUCUGGCAGUUAAUACGAACAUAAUCUUUCUGAAGGGUGAUUUGUAGGUUUCUAUCCAUGUUUACUUCUGCAAUCUGGAUUUCGAAUUACAUUUUGCAUCCUUUGAUCACCAGAGUGUUGAGUUUGGAAAAUAAUUGUAAUGUGUUCUUAUAUUGAGGAUAUAUUUGCUAGAUUCUGAGUCAGAUCUGCAAGAAAAACAUCUUGUGUACAUUAUUUGGGACAGAAAGUCUGUGCUAUCAGAAUCUUGUAGGCAUUUUAUCUGGAAAGUGCCUCCUAAGCAAUCUUGGAACAUCAAACAUGUAACAACUUUGAUUCCAGUACUUGAAAAAAAAAUU